AUGAAGCGGCACAAGCUGGCCGUGGCAGCUGGCUUCUGCCUGUCCUUCUUGCUGGGCACUUUGCUCAACCUCUUCUUCAUCCCGGCCUUUGAUCCCCUUCAGCAACACCGGCAGCAAAAGGCGGGCAUCGCGCACUCGCUGGCGGGCUCGCCGCGGGACAGGUCGUGGGAGGAGGAGGCGGCGGCGGCCAGGAGAAGCAGCGGCCGUCACCGGCGCUGGGAUUUAGCCCGGCAGACCCGAGAGCGCUACGAAGAGGUGCUGCGCUACCAACAGAGGCAGCAGCCCGGAGAAGUCGGCGGAGCGGCGGGAGACGGUGCUAAAACCCGGCCGGCGAUGCGACCUCUGGAGAGGCGGCUCAUGGAUCUGGCGCCGCCGAGGCUCUCCGCCUCGCCCACUGACCGCAGCCCACCGGGGCUCCAGCUCAGUUCGGCCGGCCUCGUCGGGGAGCCCUGGGUCCCCGAAACCAAGCUGCAACUCUCUCUCGGGCCGCUUCGGUUGGGCUGCCGGGACAUUAGCAACGUGACCGAGGUCCAUUACCUGGGCUCUGGCUACACCAAAGCGGUCUACAAAGCGGUGCUCAACCAGAGCCUGGCGGUGGCCUUGAAGUCCGUCGAUUUUGGGGGGCACGACAUCGACAAUUGCGUCAAGCUCUAUGGGUCCCUGGCAGACUGUUACAGGCUGGCCUCCUAUAAGAUCGUCAAGGAGAUGGUCCUUCUGCAGCGGUUGCGGCACCCCAACAUCCUCCAGCUUCAUGGAUAUUGUUACCAAGAUAACAAUGACAUCUCAGACACCUUGACUGCCAUCACAGAACUAGGUUCACCACUGGAGAUGAUACAACUUUUGCAGACUUCAUGGGAGGACAGGUUUCACAUUUGCUUCAGCUUAGUUCAGCUUCUGCAUUACCUGGCCCAUUCUCCUCUUGGCUCUGUAACUCUAUUGGAUUUCCGACCUCGACAAUUUGUGAUUGUGGAUGGAGAGCUCAAAGUGACAGAUCUGGAUGAUGCAAGCAAUGAGGAAACCGUCUGCACUAGCAACAGAGAUUGUUUCAUGGAAUUUCCAGCGAGAAAUUUCACUCUUCCUUGUUCUGUUGAUGGCAAAUGCCAAAGCAUGAAUGAGAAGAGAAAUCUUUACAAUGCAUAUAGGUUUUUCUUUACAUAUCUCCUGCCUCACAGUGCCCCUUCAUCCUUGAAGCCAUUGCUCGAUGCGAUAGUCAAUGCUACCGGAGAACUUCGGUGGGGAAUAGAUGAAACAGCCAUUCACCUCGAAAGAGUUUUGUAUAUGUACAAGAGUGGCAUGUAUCGUAAGAACUCUACAUGGCCACACAAAUCAGAUUAUAAAAGAGUGCCCGAAGCUACAAUAAUCAAUGAAAAUUACAGAUGCUGGCCAUCCUACCAUCAUAAAGGAUGUCUCCUUUCUGUAUUUGAUGCAAAUGAGGCUACAGAGAUAUGUGAGAGUCAUUCACAAUGCAAAGCUUUUGUUUUCAUCAACCAAACAACUUGGACAGGUCGUCAACUUGUCUACUUCAAGAUGGGAUCUACUUCUAUUGUGCCUGACCAUGACAAGAUAACAUAUGUGAAAGUGACCGGAUGAAGUUUACGCAUCCUAUAAGCUCAAUUCUGGGCAGGUUUACUCAGACUACAUCUAUGUGCCUUACUUCAUAGUAAGUGCACCUCGGUUCAAUUGGUCAAUAUGACAGCUGUUGGGUUGUUGUUGUUUUUCAAUGAAAAUGGCUUUUGUGUGCAAAGAAACUGAGAACGGGGAAGAAACUGCACUCAAUCUAUAAAGCGCAAAACAAUUAUAAGAAGAGACCUUUAUUACCUGAAGGAAUGUGCAAUAUAAUGACAUUUUAAAAAUGUGACUCUAUAUGAAGAAGCAGAAUGAAAUCCAAAAUGUGACACACUGCGUGGCUAGCCUUACAGUGUUAGAAAGCAGCAGUAUGCUUUUCUGACUAGAAUUAUACACCCUCUGUACAAUUUUACUGAGGGUUGGCUGAAAAUUCUUCCUUUUCAUAAGAAGCUCAGGAUUACUUAUUCCAAUAUUUAUGUGAGUAAGUAUAAUUAACACAGCACUGUUAAAUCUCUUGGAGAUCAAACUUUCUGGAAGACAAUCAGGACUUCUGUGAUUGUAUGAAACGUUAAAAAGUGAACAUCAGGGUGGUCCUUGAGUAAGGGAUUUAUUUGCUAUCAGAAUUGCCAUCCAUUUUUAAAAAAUCUAGUGAUUCUAGAUUUUUCAUUAAACCAGA